GAGGAAUCAAUCAAAGAAGUAAAAUUGGAAGAAAGAAGAUGAAUCUCUACGCAGAUGAUCUCUCUCUUCUAGAUUACAACUACAACGUCUCCGGUCCCUUCGGCGAACCGUUAUCUCACCGUUUCAUCUCUCCUGGCCCUUUCUUCCAUGGCGAGGACGACGAUUACCGCCGUAACAUCAGUUACAGCCCCGUUAGAGCUUACGGCGGAGAAGAAUCGAAUAAAGAGCAUCGGCAUGACGGGAAGUCGCCGUUGCCUCUGGGGAUGGAUUGGAGUGAUCCUCCUCGUCAAUGGGAAGGACGGAACAGUGUUUGGCCACAUGAUGCUCGAACUGGUUGGAGUUACUGUGUUACUGUCCCUUCUUGGGUUGACCUUCCUAAAUCAACUGUUUCUGAUCCGGCUGUGUUUUAUAGAGUGCAAGUGGCGAUACAAUCUCCUGAGGGAAUCACCUCCACUAGGAUGAUACUUAGAAGAUUCAAUGAUUUCUUGGAGUUAUAUUCCUCAAUUAAAAAGGAGUUUGUGAAGAAAAGGUUACCCCAGGCACCACCAAAGAAGAGGCUGAGGAUGAAAAAUCAGACACUUUUGGAAGAGAGGAGGCAUUCUCUGGAAGAUUGGAUGAAUAAACUUUUGUCAGAUAUCAAUAUAUCUAGAAGUGCUAUAAUAGCAACAUUCCUUGAGCUAGAAGCUGCUGUCAGGUCUUAUUUCAAUGAUGAAUAUCAAGAAAAUGAAGAUAGCUCUUUAGACAGUCGUUUGCUUCUACCUGACACCAUUUCUGAUGCUCCUGGUAGUUCGUCAGUUACCAUGGAUCAUGUCAUUGACUCUGCUGAUGAAACAUCUGAUACCUCAAAGCAUGACGAAGCUAGUCUCAAAAGUAUUGUCUCAAGGAAUUCAACUUCUGAAGAUAAUGUGACUGAUUGGCAUGAAUUAAUCACAGAAUCUGGACUUCUUGAUAAUUCCAGACCUGAUAGAGCUGCAGAAACUGGAGAGGCGUCAAUAUCCAGGGAACUUAACCAAGACUACAUGAGUAGUCAUGAAACUGGGAAGAAUGUGGCUAUUGUAUUUCAAUCUGAGGAGAAAAGUAAGUUAAAGAGGGUUGUUGGUACAUUAGAGCAGAGACUGGAAACAGCAAAAGCUGACACGGAAGAUCUUAUCUCGAGGCUAAAUCAGGAGUUAGCUGUUCGGCAAUUUUUAACAACAAAGGUAAAAGAUUUAGAGGUUGAACUUGAAACAACUCGAGAGAGCUGCAAGCAAGGGAUGGAGCAAACAGUUCUGAAGGAAAAGGAAAGAUUUACUCAAAUUCAAUGGGAUAUGGAGGAACUUCGCAAGCAAUGCAUGGAGAUGGAAUCAUUGUUAAACUCUAUCAAGGACGAGAAAACACAUAUUGAGACUACAAAUGAGUCACUUGUUGAAGAAAAUCAAAUGUUGCUGCAGCAGCUGGAUGAUUUAACGGACAAGUUUGAGAACUUGUAUAAAGAGCAUGAAGAGCUGGAAGUUAAAUCAAAAGCAGAACUAAAGGUCCUUAUCAAAGAGGUCAAGUCUCUCCGAACCACUCAAUCAGAACUGAGAGUAGAGCUUAGCCACACGAUAAAAGAAAAGCUGGAGAUGGAGAGAAUUGUUCAACGGGAGAAGGAUAAAGAAGAGACUGCACAAACCGCAAACAAGAAGUUGAUGCAUGAGUAUGAUGUCCUACAGAAGCGUCUUCAAGAAUGUAAUGUUAAGUUCCACAUCGAAGAUGAGGGGAAAUUAAUAGUGGAAUCAUCAUCUCUAUCCGAAGGGAUUGAUCUACUAGCAACAUCUGAUAAUCGAAUAGGUCUUCUAAUUGCUGAGACACAGCUUCUUUCAGAAGAACAAGGAGGAACAGGUGAUGUAGUAAGAAAGAUACUAACAGAGGUUCUGAUUGAUAAUGCGAGAUUAAGGAAGCAGAUUAACUCUGUUCUUCGUUGCUCUUUGUCCGGACAUGGAGUAUCAGUCAGAGAAACCAGAUCAGAACAAGACGAAGAAGUUGAAGAAGGGAGUGUUGAUCUGGCAAGUACUGUUCUAAGCAAGAUCCUUGAGAAAUGAAUGUAAUUAGGUUUUUUAUUUCGUAUACAUAUAAUGUAAUCAAUAAUCAUAUACAUGAAAUCUUGUAAUACACUUUUUUGUCAUAUAUAUGAAAUCUUGUAAUACACUUUUUGUCAUAUAUAUGAAAUCUUGUAGUACACUUUU